CAGCAGCGCCGCGGCUCCGCCAGCGGCCGUGAGGGGCGGCCGGGCCGGGCUGAGGCUCCCGCGGCGCUGGGGCAGCGGCCGCGGCCCCGCGGCGGCUCCGAUCCCUUAACCCACAACAACUCCAACAACAAACCCAAAAAAGGCACAAAAAUUACAAAAAUGCUGUCGAGCCAGGCUCUCCUCUGCAGCCUGGGCUCCGUGCUGUUCAUCCUCCUGCUGCCGGGUGUUCGAGCCAGACCCGCCAACAAUUCCGUGCUGAAGGAGAAGGAGGAGCAGGAGCUGGUGCCCCCCGACCACCUGAACGGGGUGAAGCUGGAGCGGGACGGGCACCUGAACCGGGAUUUCCACCAGGAGGUGUUCCUGGGCAGGGACAGGGAGCAGUUCGAGCGGCGCCAGCAGCCCAGCGGCACCCGGGACAAGCUCAGCGGCAUCUUCAGCAAGGUGGAUAUAAAUAAUGAUAAAAAAAUCAGUGCCAAGGAAAUGCAACGUUGGAUCAUGGAAAAAACAGAUGAGCAUUUCCAGGAGGCCGUGGAGGAGAAUAAAAUGCAUUUCAGAGCUGUGGAUCCUGAUGGGGAUGGUCACGUGUCUUGGGAUGAAUAUAAAAUUAAAUUCUUGGCAAGCAAAGGCUUCAACGAAAAGGAAAUUGCAGAGAAAAUCAAAAACAACGAGGAAUUGAAAAUAGAUGAAGAAACGCAGGAAGUGCUGGACAACCUGAAGGAUCGCUGGUACCAGGCGGACAAUCCGCCCCCGGACCUGCUGCUGAGCGAGCAGGAGUUCCUGUCCUUCCUGCACCCCGAGCACAGCCGCGGCAUGCUGCACUUCAUGGUGCAGGAGAUCAUCCGGGACCUGGACCAGGAUGGGGAUAAGAAGCUGACCCUGUCAGAAUUCAUCUCCUUGCCCGUGGGCACGGUGGAGAACCAGCAGGCUCAGGACAUCGACGACGACUGGGUGAGGGACAGGAGGAAGGAAUUCCAGGAGGUCAUCGAUGCCAACCACGAUGGGAUUGUCACCAUGGAGGAGCUGGAGGAGUACAUGGAUCCCAUGAACGAGCACAACGCGCUGAACGAGGCGCGGCAGAUGAUCGCCGUGGCCGACGAGAACCAGAACCACCACCUGGAGCUGGAGGAGAUCCUCAAGUACAGCGAGUACUUCACCGGCAGCAAACUCAUGGAUUACGCCCGGAAUGUCCACGAGGAAUUCUGAGCUUCCUUUUCCAGAACUUUCUCUUUCCUCCCCCUCCCUCAAAAAAAAAAAAUCCCAGGGAAAAACGACUGAGCUCCGAACCGCGGGAAUUCUGUCGCCGCUCCUCGCCCGGGGUCAUUCCCGAUUUUCCGUCCGUCCCUGCAGCUCCUUGGAGUGGUUUUCACACUGGGAGAAAUCAUGGAAAUUCCUGGAUUCUGGUUUUCUUCCUCCCUGGUUGGUGGGGUUGAAUCCAGUUGGAAUUCCAUGGAAUCUGCAGCUCCUUGGAGAGGUUUUCCCACUGGGAGAAAUCAUGGAAAUUCCUGGAUUCUGCUGGUUUUUCUCCUUGGUUUGUGGGGUUGAAUCCAGCUGGAAUUCCAUGGGAUCUGCAGCUCCUUAGAGUGGUUUUCACACUGGGAGAAAUCAUGGAAAUUCCUUGAUUCUAGUUUUCUUCCUCCCUGGUUGGUGGGGUUGAAUCCAGUUGGAAUUCCAUGGGAUCUGCAGCUCCUUGGAGUGGUUUUCCUGCCAGGAGAAAUCAUGGAAAUUCCUGGAUUCUGGUGGUUUUUCUCCUUGGUUUGUGGGGUUGAAUCCAGUUGGAAUUCCAUGGGGUCUGCAGCUCCUUGGAGUGGUUUUCCCACUGGGAGAAAUCAUGGAAAUUCCUGGAUUCUGGUGGUUUUUCUCCUUGGUUUGUGGGGUUGAAUCCAGUUGGAAUUCCAUGGGAUCUGCAGCUCCUUGGAGUGGUUUUCCUGCCAGGAGAAAUUCCUGGAUUCUGGUUUUCUUCCUCCCUGGUUGGUGGGGUUGAAUCCAGUUGGAAUUCCAUGGGAUCUGCAGCUCCUUGGAGUGGUUUUCACACUGGGAGAAAUCAUGGAAAUUCCUGAAUUCCUGAAUUUCUUCCUCUCUGGUUUGUGGGGUUGAAUUCAGGUGGAAUUCCCUGUCGUCUGGUUGGGGAGGAUCCUAAAAUAUCCCCUUGUUUCCUUCAGCUGCUGAUCCUGGGGAUCCCAAAGAAAAGUUGGAUUUGGGGAAUUUUAAUGGUUCCAAGGAAUGUUUCAUCUCCUGGGAAUAUCCACACUCAAUUCCAGUGUUUUUCUUGACUUCCUGAAGUUUAUUGGGAAGUUUUCACCUCUUUUCAUGUAAGUGUGGGGAGGAAUUUAUUUUAAAUGUUACAGAAAAGCUUUUUGGAAUUAAAUUAAUAAAAGAAAGUAACUUAAAAGAACAUUAAUUAAAAUUAAAGUAAUAUAAAGUGACAUUUUUUGUUGACAUCUGCACUGAGAAUGGGAGAUGAUGGCUUUUAAAAAAAAAAAAAGGUCUGUCUAAAACCAAACAAUUGGGAAGUUUUUUGGGAAUUUAAUCUGUUGGACAGAGCAGUGGGAAUUCCAUGGAGUUUGAUGGCUGCUUAAUUCACUGCUAAAAUUAAUGAGCUCUGUGCUAAUUAUGCUGUUAAUGAGCUGCUAAUGAUCUGGGAGAGAUUCCAGGCUUUGGGUGAGCUCUGGAAACAUCUCUGUCCCAAAUAAAAUUGAUCUUUCCUCUGCUUCCAUCUUUCCUGGGAAAAACUCCACUUUGGAAAAGAAUUCCUGAAAAUCUAAGAUGUUCUAUUUGAUUAAAUUUAUUCUUAAUAUAAUGUAAAUACAGGAAUUGCUGUCCUUCUGUCUCUUUUCCUGCUCUUUAUUUGAUGUUUUUAUUAAAUUCCUUGGAUAAAA